AUGGCUGCGGUUACGAAGAACCUCGCCUUUGGCAUAACAGCAUCCACCUCGUUUGAGCCACCGUUCCUGCUUGCCAAACGGUUUUCAACUCUGGAUCACUUCACUCGAGGCCGCAUUGGUUGGAACAUCGUCACUUCAUGGAAGAAAGCGGCUUUCAAAGCUAUAGGCUUGGACAACCCUAUCGACCAUGACGAACGAUAUCUACAGGCCGAUGAGUAUCUUCGAGUCCUGUAUAAACUGUGGGAGGGCUCAUGGGCUGAUGACGCUAUUUCACCUGAUCCCGAGAAUGACAGUUAUGCAGACCCGGACAAAAUCCGUACCAUUGAUCACAAAGGCAAAUAUUUCAACCUGAGCAGCCGCCAUAUUGUAGAUCCUUCUCCUCAGAGAACGCCGUUUCUAUUUCAGGCCGGGACUUCCCCUGCUGGAUCAACCUUUGCGGCGACACAUGCGGAAGCCAUUUUUGUUUCGGGGCAUUCCCCAACAGUGUUGAGGCCCAAAGUUGAUAAUAUCAGGGCUCUGGCAGCCAAGCAAGGUCGUGAUCCUCGAUCAAUCAAGUUCUUCGCGACCUUCACGCCCAUCAUCGGCAAGACCGACGAGGAGGCUCGUCAGAAGCACGAGGAGCUGAAGAAGUACGCCUCAACAGUUGGCGGAUUGGUAUUGUUCAGCGGCUGGACGGGUAUUGAUAUCUCAAAGAUCCCGAUCGACCAAGAAAUCACUGCAGCGGACUCACUGGAAGCAAAUAAGGUGAGGAGCAUCCUUGACGCAUUCACGACCACUAGCAAGGAGAUUCCCAAGUGGACACCACGUGUAAUUGCGGAGCGGGCAUCCAUUGGAGGUCUGGGACCAGUCUCUGUCGGGAGUCCACAGACCGUAGCAGACGAGAUGGAGGAAUGGAUCCGCGAGGCAGACAUUGAUGGGUUCAACCUUGGAUACGUGACAACCCCGGGCACCUUUGAGGAAGUCGUGGACCUCCUGAUUCCUGAAUUACGGAAGCGCGGUCUGUGCCCUGAGCUAUCAGAGGAGCCCCUCACUGCCCGGGAGAAAGUCUACGGAAAGGGGCAAAGAGGCCUUCGAGAUGACCAUACGGGCAGCAAGUACAAAUACGCCGUAUACCAAGAGGAUGCUCCCUAUGUCGAUGGUGAGGUCGAUGGGCAGGAGAAGCCCAUCAAACCAUCAGAAUGA